GGGCCAUCACACCAUGUCGGUCAAACCCUGCUUGUCGGUGCGCAGGUGGGGGGCUCCCCCUCCUCUGACCCACCCCUGAUGGCGCCGCCUCUCCGGUAGGAUGCCUCCCCUGCCCGCCAUCUUCCCGGCUCGCCAUCCUCACCUGGCCUCCCCGGCUGGCGGCAGCCCCGCCCUCCAUCAUGAACCGCGAGCGGACCCUGCACGACAACGCGGUGGCCUGGCUGGUGUGCUCGGGCUUGGCGGUGCUGGCCAACGCUUGGGGCAUCCUGAGUGUCAGCGCCAAGCAGAAGAAGUGGAAGCCGCUGGAGUUCCUCAUCUGCACCCUGGCGGGGACUCACAUCCUGAACAUCGCCGUGCCCAUCACCAUGUACUCGGUCGUCCAGCUGCGCCAGCAGCACUCGGACUACGAGUGGAACGAGGGCCUCUGCAAGGUCUUCGUCUCCACCUUCUACACCUUGACGCUGGCCACCUGCUUCUCCGUCACCUCGCUGUCCUAUCACCGGAUGUGGAUGGUCCGUUGGCCGGUUAACUACAGAUUGAGCAAUACCAAGAAGCAAGCAGUCCACACAGUGAUGGGCAUCUGGAUGGUCUCCUUCAUCCUUUCCACGCUGCCCGCCGUGGGCUGGCACGACACCACCGAGCGGUUCUACGCCAGCGACUGCCGUUUCAUCGUCACAGAGAUCGGCCUGGGCUUCGGGGUCUGCUUCCUGCUCCUCAUCAGCGGCAGCGUGGCCAUGGGGGUGGUCUGCGUGGCCAUCGCCCUCUUCCAGACCUUCUCCAUCCAAGCGGGCAACAACGUGGACAAGAACAAGUUCAACGUGCCCACCAUCGUGGUGGAGGACGCCCAGGGCAAGCGCCGCUCCUCCAUCGACGGAUCCGAACCCGUCAAGACCUCUCUGCAGAUCACUUACCUGAUCACCGGCAUCGUUUUCCUCUACGAUUUCCUGAUGGGAUUCCCCGUCUUGGUGGUGAGUUUUGCCAGCCUGAAAUCGGACGUUGCCUACGACUGGAUGGUCCUGUGUAUCGUCUGGUGCUCUGUUGCCCAGUCCCUCCUCCUCCCCUUGUUCCUUUGGGCCUGCGACCGCUACCGGGCCGACGUCCGCUCGGUCUGGGAGAAGUGCGUGGCCAUCAUGUCCAACGAUGACGGCGGGGAAGAGACCAGCUUGGAACGGCCGAUUCCCGCAGAAGCAACGUACUCGCAACCCUAUCCCGACAACCUCUCCGGCGACGUUCUCACGGUGGACCAGAUCGCCAGCUAUGACCUGUCAGCCCUGGAGCGGGGGAUCCCUCAGCUCUAUGCCGCCAAGCCUGUCCCGGAGGACAGAAUGCAGUAUCUGCAGGUCCCUCCCACCAGGCGUUUCUCGCACGACGAAACUGAGAUUUGGACCACCAGCCAGAUUUCGGCCUACUUUCAGCAUUGGGUGGCAGGAGAGGACAUCACCGCUGAAUUGGCAAGCCUGCUCCUCCCUCAGCCUCGAUACGACCGGCGGAGGACCAGCGUCCUCUCCUACCAGGAGGAACGCCGUCCGCACCGGAAGCGCAGGAAGUCCGCCGAGAGCCCGUUAUCCCUCAAGCCCUUCUCGUGCGAAGACAUCCACCGGCAAGGAGGCUACAAGUGCUUUAGCAAAGAGGACGUGAUGGACUUCACGGAUUACCCCAGCCCCCGUCGUACCCUGAGGAGACCCCCGGUGCGCUCGGCCUCCGUCUCUCUCCUCCCAGAUGCCUUUCCCCGCCGUUCCACCGCCACGGUUCUCCGGGACUUCCCUUUGGCCACUUUCGAACGAGAGCCUCAAGUUUUGCGAAGCAUCUCAGUCCAGGGACGAGGGACUUCUCUGGCGGUACCGGUCUCUCUCCCAGCCCAGGAGGACAGACGGACUCUCUUCCCCAAAGGGAGCUUGGACAUGCCUUGCCACGAACAGAUUCAUGUGGAACUCUGCGAGAGUCCCGGGAUGGAGGAUUGUCCGAUGAUCAGGAGUUGCUCCAAGCCCGAAUGUUUCCGGGCAGGACUGAGUCCUUCCUGGAGAGGCCAAGACGAUCUUCAGAAAAACGGAAGCAAAGGAAGCACGAGCAGCUUCUUGAGCUCACCUUCAGCCUCCUCGGGAUACGUCACGUUCCACUCGGAUUCGAUUAGCUCGGCCUCGUAGACACCGGAGAAGCUGGGAUCGCUUCGUACGCGUCUCUUCCAGAGGGCCCAGGAUAGCUCGUCACGAGACAACUCGAGACGAUUCGAGACUGCAUUAUAAUCAAUCCACUCAGUUACUUUACGACGGGCAGCCACGUUUUUGUUGACAUUUUUGUAACUCUCGUAUUUCCGCAAUGACUUCCUUUUGUUAUCAUGGGCCAUGGUUCCGUCGAAAUGAACUUUUGUAUCGGUUGAAUUGUCCUGCGGCGACUCGGCUGCGGCGAGUCGGUCCCGUCCAGCUUCCAGAUUUUGUUUCUCGCUCGACGGGGCUUCCUCCUGGAUGCGGUCCGGAUUUGGCACCAGGAACUGGACAUAGCACCAAAGAACCUUCAUCUUGUCUCUCGUCCUGGUUGUCAAGAUCAGGGGAGAGAGAGAGGUUAAAAGCAGGAUGCUUCCGAGAGCAACCUUGGAAGAAAAGCACUUCAAAUCCAGACGGGUCAUAUCUCAGCUCGGGGCAAGAGAGGAUAAAGUCCUCCUCUCUUCCUUUUCUACUGCAAGAACCCACACAGCUCGUCCAAAACUGACGGAUUUUUUGGUUCGUUUUUUUUUCUAAUCAUCUCACGUGCUCUGCGAGAACUUUUCUAGGUAGAUGUUAAAUGUGCAUGUCUUUGGGUAGCGAUCCUUCUCUCUUGGAGGCAGCUGUGGCCAAAAAGAGCCGGGUUUCCCUUUAAAAAAAACCUGGGCAGGUUACGUGCUCCAAAUUUCCCUCGUCCUCGCUCUACAUUCCAACAGGCCCUCUUUGCGAGCAACGAGGAGGUCGUGGGUGAGACCCGCGUGUGGUCCGUUAUUCCGAAAUAGUGUCAGGUGCAUGGGGGUCCGUUAUUCCAGAAUAGUGUUGCAUGCACAAUGGUCCGUUAUUCCAGAAUAAUGCAUGCGUGGAUCUGGUCCCGUUAUUCCGAAAUAAGGUUGCAUUCAUUCGGUCCGUUAUUUCAGAAUAAUGUCAGCUGCACGGAGUCCGUUAUUCCAGAAUAGCGUCAAUGUUGGGAAUGGGACAAAGUGGUUGUUUGCAAAAAAAUAAUAAUAAUAAUUGAGGGUUUCUCUCAGGAGCAAAAUUUAAGUCCGAUCCAGGAAAAACCCCAUUAGGUUCGUUCCCUAGCCCCUUAAGCAAGAAAACUCACCACCCUACCUCCUGUUCUGUGCCAAAGCCUCCCCCCCACAUCCUGGACGGAGCCACAGCCCCAUAACCUCCUACGGGAUGCAGCAACGGGAGAGGAGGAGGAGGAAGGUUGCGCUACGAAAUUUGCAGCUUUCCUUUUGCAGCAUCUCCCUCGAGCAAUACAACUGACCCCUGCAGAAGGGGUUUGCCCUGACCCCAUAACUAGUGGAGUUGCUUCCCUAUAUAAUGGGGGUGUGGGGGGGGAGGAAAUGCAUGGAUCACAUCAGACCCAGCUCCGUGGGGAACGUUUUAGCGCUGUUAAGGCUCCUUGUUAUAUAUUAGGGGACACCACAUUUAUUUUUUUCUCCUGCGUCGCGACAAAAGUUUUCUUCCCCGCCCUGCGCCUUCCUUCUCUAGGGUCCCCACGUUGGGGCAUUCAGGAAACCACAUCCUCUUCCCCCCCUCCCCCACCAGAUGUUUAACAUCUGGCCAUUCUGCCCUAAUCCCCAGGUAGGUAUAUUUGCAUGUUCUUUGAUUGACAAAUAAAAGAGGGGUGGGGAGAAAAAUCAGCGCCUGGAGAGAAAGGGAGAGUAGAGAGCAAACGGUUGCUAAUAUUAUACGAGACCUCCGCCCUUUUCAUUUCAUGUGUACGCUGCCCUGAAUUAAGGGGCUAUCUGCACCCAGAUGUCCAGCUUUGGUCCGAAGAGAUAUUGUUCUCUAAGCACAACAACGUUCCUGGAGUUUUUACCAAGCAAUUCACAACAAGUGACUUGUUCGCCUGUUCGGGCGACAGUUCGCUAUUUGGGACGAGAAGGGAGAUCUCUCCAUGCAAUCCAAUUUCUAAACAUUUAUGCUGAGGUUAUGGUGGCCUUGGGAAGACACACACACACACACACACACACACACACACAUCCAAAGGCCAGUUUACACAUUUUAAAACCCAAACAAUUUUUUUUUAUUAUUUGUGGGUUCCUGGGCUCCGACACCCCAAAAGCUGAGUUUCCCAAUGGGAUUCUAUGAAGCGAACACCAAACUGUUAAGUAGUGGGAAUUUACAAAAAUGUAAAUGAAU